UUCAUUCCUUUAUAAACGUCACUUAUUUUUUCACUCCAAACAGUGAACACGUAUUUUCUUGUGGUGUGGUGUAUUUUAAAUAAUAUUGGUUUGAAUGUCUACUUAUGGUGUUUUCAUUAAAUUGUAGUGACUUUUAAGUUAGUAUCACACGUAAAGUGAGUUGGAUAGUUUUCAAUAAAGAGCGAGCGGUCGUGUCGAGCGGUGUUUUACAAUGGCUGAGUAUUUAGCUGCUAUAUUUGGAACAGAAAAGGAUAAAGUAAAUUGUUCCUUCUAUUUCAAAAUUGGAGCAUGCAGACAUGGUGACCGGUGCUCUCGUAUUCACAACAAACCAACGUUCUCACAGACUGUGCUGUUGCAGAAUCUCUAUGUAAACCCUCAGAAUUCAGCCAAGUCAGCUGAUGGCAGUCAUUUGGUCGUCGCCAAUGUAUCUGAUGAAGAGAUGCAGGAGCAUUAUGACAACUUUUUUGAAGAUGUCUUCGUUGAAUGUGAAGACAAAUAUGGGGAAAUUGAAGAAAUGAAUGUGUGCGAUAACUUAGGUGAUCACUUAGUCGGAAAUGUGUAUAUUAAGUUCCGCCGUGAAGAAGAUGCUGAGAAGGCUGUGAAUGACCUGAACAACCGUUGGUUUGGUGGUCGGCCGGUGUAUGCGGAACUGUCCCCUGUGACGGACUUCCGUGAGGCGUGCUGUCGCCAGUAUGAAAUGGGAGAGUGCACUCGCAGUGGAUUCUGCAACUUCAUGCACUUGAAGCCUAUUUCUAGAGAACUAAGAAGAUACUUGUACUCCCGUCGCAAGGGAUCGCGUCGUUCCCGAAGCAGGUCCCGCGACCGUCGCCGCCGCUCACGCUCUCGCGGAGAGAACCGUCGCCGCGAUCCGCCACGCAACUCCCGUUCUGGUCGCUACUGACCAACAAAACAACAGAACCCUGUGGUCUAAGGCCUAGUGUCCACGUAACCUGCAUUUUAUGCUUUCGUCAGUUAACGAUUAUUAGGCGAAUGCUUGCAUUUUGCGUAGAAAACAACAAAAUUGUGUCUAUGGAGCAGCAAUGUCGAGUCAGUCACAUGCCGUUCGUCAUUUGUAGUUUGGAAGCAUUCGUCAAAUGAUACGUCACGGACAUUAGGCCUAACUCGCACUUCGUUCUGACCGCGAGUUGCGAACAAUGUGAGAUCACAGUUUCAAGCUGUAUUAUACACUGGACUGAAAUACUGAAAUGUAUUCCAAAUGUGAAUGUAGAAUUUAACAAUCAAACUAGGCUAUUCUGAAAUUGUGUGACAUUAAUUGAGAUACAAUUCAUACAUAGUCUGUAUUGAUCUAUACAAUCUACAAAAAAUAUCUUUACAAAUAAUGUCUUCAGUUUUAAUCUGGUUUUAAUAACUCUCAAUGAAUUCAGAUUACCCUUUAAUUUCAACUUGUUGUGUAUAAUUAUUUUUAAUUGCAAGAUACAAGUUAUGCAUGCAUUUUGUGUAGUUUUGAUAACAUAAGUACAAUACUUAUUUUAGCUUCAAAAUUUAAUCAACCUGAUUAAUAUAAUAAAUUGUUACUAUAGUCAGAAUUUUAAA